AUUUUACCUUAAACAAAAGACCUCAUUUCAGUUCCUUUCUUGACCAAAUGGCACACACAUUUGCUUAAUUUACAGAGAGACAAACAAUGUUCAUUUGAGAAAAUUUAUGAGGAAGCAAUAGUUGACAUUUUUGGAUGGAGAAAGCAGAAGUGGCUUUGUCUCCUGACCUGUCUCCUCACGAUGUGGCAUCCGAAAACCUGGCAAGAGAUAAGUGGCUCUGAUUGGGCCAACCUGACCCUUCGUCUGGAGGGGUCCCUGACCAAUGCUCUGGGUCAAUACUUGGACAACUGGAGGCGUAACGUGACGGCAGCGGCCAACGCUCUGGACAAGACUAUGGCUGAGGAGAACUUCAGGAACGUCGUCUGGUAUCUGGCGGUGAUGAUUGGCAUGUUUGCCUUCAUUGUCGUGGCCAUCCUGGUGAGCACUGUCAAAUCCAAGAGGAGAGAGCACUCCAACGACCCCUACCACCAGUACAUCAAGGAGGACUGGACCGCUCAGAUACAACAGAACGACAUGAUGACUAACUUUUCAGCUAGAUAAUACAAGUGUAGACACAUGACUCAAGUCAUCAUUAUCAGGAGCAUCACAACUGAUCAGAAUAAUAAAUUCAUAAAUAUCAAUAAUGCACUAGUAAAGUGUUUUUUAAUCUACUGUAUUAUUCACACUAACUAUCAUCUUCCAACUGGUAAUUUUAUUUUUUUUAAGUUCCAGUUUGUUCCAAUUAAAUAUUCAUAAAUUGGUCUUGAGACUGGUCCUUAGACCACUUGGUCUCAUCUCAGGUUGGAGCACAUUUGUACUUAGUCUUGUCUCAGUCUAAGCUAAAUGAAUAAUUGCUAAUCAGUAAAUUGAUGUGUCUUUUUUUCCACAUAAAUCAAUAAUGUGUAAAUAAAAGACUUUUUAGCCUA